AAUAAUUAUUAUUAUUAUAAAUUUAAUUGUAGCCUUAAAAAACCAAAAAAAUCUUCUUUCCAAACACCCAAUUACAUAAGUAGAGCAGCUCGAAAGUUGAACUCGGAAUACAAACCCAGCGGAACGAGCCGAGAAAAUUUCCCCGGAAACAUGUUGUUCUUCUCGUAUUUCAAGGACCUGGUGGGCAGAGAAGUGACAGUAGAGCUAAAGAACGAUCUAGCCAUUCGGGGCACUCUGCAUUCGGUCGAUCAGUACCUCAAUAUUAAGCUUGAGAACACUCGGGUUGUCGAUCAAGACAAGUAUCCCCACAUGCUUUCUGUGAGGAACUGUUUCAUCAGAGGAUCGGUGGUUAGAUAUGUUCAGUUACCACCAGAUGGAGUUGACAUUGAACUGCUUCAUGAUGCUACAAGAAGAGAAGCUCGCGGUGGCUGAAAUUCAUUAGUGACAAUUUAGUGUAUGUUAUGAACAUUUUGACAUUGAAUGUAAUAGUUUUUCUUUGUAGUAGCUUUGGGCAUACUUCUAAUGGCCCGACAUUUGAAUUGGGUACUUUUGACUUGUGUCUUGCCACAAACAGUCAUCAUUAUUGGAAAUUUGAGCCAAGUUCUCCUA